CGCCACUGCGCCGCCGCCGCUCACGCGCAGCACUGCGGAUACUGUACACCGACACGGAGGUGAAUCUCGGUCCGUGCGCGGUCAUCAUGGCUCUCUACCACUAUGUCACCCAAGAGCAACUCACAGGUUUUGAUAAAUAUAAGUACAGUGCGGUUGACUCCAAUCCCCUCUCUAUCUACAUCAUGCACCCCUUCUGGAACUCAGUAGUGAAGAUCUUGCCCACAUGGCUUGCCCCAAACCUCAUCACAUUAACAGGGUUCAUGUUCCUAGUACUCACCUUCAGCUUGCUGUCCUUUUAUGACUUUGACUUUUAUGCCUCAGGGGAAGGCCAUACGCAUGUGCCAAGCUGGGUGUGGAUAGUUGCUGGUUUGUUCAAUUUUCUGGCCUAUACCUUAGAUGGUGUGGAUGGCAAACAGGCUCGGAGAACAAACUCCAGCACUCCACUGGGUGAGCUGUUUGACCACGGCCUGGACAGCUGGGCAUGUGUGUUCUUCGUCGCUACAGCGUAUUCUGUCUUCGGACGCGGAGAGACAGGCGUCAGCGUGGUAACGCUGUAUUAUCUGUUAUGGGUCGUCCUGUUUUCCUUCAUACUGUCUCACUGGGAGAAGUACAACACUGGGAUUUUGUUCCUGCCCUGGGGCUACGACAUCAGUGAAGUGACUAUCUCUAUCGUGUACAUAGUAACAGCGGUGGUUGGUGUGGAAACAUGGUACAAACCUGUUAUUGGGAAUAUUCAUUACAGAAAUCUCUUCACUGUUCUGAUUGUUGGUUGUUUAUUUGUUGUAACACUACCUAUGAGCCUCUACAAUGUAUUUAAGGCGUACCGUAAUAACACCCUGAAGCACAGUUCAGUGUAUGAGGCCUUGUUGCCGUUUUUCUCUCCCGUCCUCCUGUUUGUGCUGUCUACACUGUGGAUCAGUCUUUCUCCUACAGACAUCAUCGAGAAGCAACCCAGAAUCUUUUAUCUCAUGGUGGGAACAGCCUUCUCCAAUGUUACUUGCAAGCUCAUUGUAUGCCAGAUGAGUAAUACUCGCUGUAAGCCACUGAGUUUGUUGUUGUUGCCGAUGACAGCUGUGGUGUUGCUUGUGAUAUCUGGGACUUUGCAGAAUGGAGAAAUUACCGUCCUUUACAUAUGGACCGCCAUAGUCCUCCUCACUCACAUACACUAUGGAGUAUCAGUUGUGAUGCAACUGAGUGAUCAUUUUAACAUAUAUGCUUUCUCACUAAAGAAACCUAAUUCGGACUGACAAGACGAGGAGAAAAUCGGCCUGAAGGCUGCUGAGGUUUAAGCUAUCUCAGCAUGCUCCUCAGCUAGCCAACUCUCACCAAUCACCAAGGAGACACAGCUAACAACAGGAAACCAAAUUGUACUGACCAGAUGCACCGCCUUAUUCUGAGGAUGCUCCUCAAUCAACAAAUUAAUGGAGCUGCACCACAGGGUCCACUGAUCCCUGAGGCAGAGCUGCACCACAGGGCCCACUGUGCCCAGAGGUGAUGCUGCACCAAAGGACCCAUUGAGCCCAGGAUCUACAGUGCCUCAACUUGCAGCUGUGUAUCAGGGCCCAUUCCCCCCAGAAGGAGCGUAUCAUGUUGCUCACUCCGAGCCGAGACAGUUUGGUUAACUGGUAUCCGUGAAGCUGAGGAUUUUGCUUGUUUCCUAAGGAAAUGUGCUUUUCAACUGAGAUACUAGGAGCCUUGAACGGUUAAUCUCACACGCUCUCAGAUGAUUCACGCCCAAACCACAUGAGGAUGAAUACACACAUAUGAUGUGAUGAAUGUCUUCAGCUUACUCAAUUUGAAGAUUUUGUUUACAUUUAAUUUUGGCCUCAAUUUGGGGAUUUUUUUUUUUUCCAAUAAGAGGGCUUAUUCAAUUAUGUUUCUAUAAUGGACAGUAUAAGCUGACUGUGAACAGGGAUGUUAGAUCCUUAUUUAAAUCUGUUGUGCUUUUGCUGAUCUCUACAAUUAUACAAAAUUGUAAUAAUGACAUUAGACAAAUUUAAACAACCACAUAUAGUUAUCUAUAAUAUCACACAGCCCAAACCACAACCUCAUCUGACCGAUUGAAUUUGUAUAACUACUGCAACUGGGAUAUUUGUUUGUUUUUGUUUCCUUUUUACAUUGGUGAUGGUGUGUCCGCGUGCCGAUUUUCAGUUUCUUCCGGUUCUCUCUUUGUUUGCUUUACUAGUCUGCUUUUAUUGAGUUUAUUUGUGCUUGAAUGAAGAGUGCGCUUCAAACCCUGACUAGGAGAGGGUGCGCUUGGAGUGAGCGAGACAAACUUCGCUCCGUCUAUAAACACGAUAAAAGCACUAGUCUGUGUGCCACCGACAUGUCUGUUAAACCAAGCCAUGACAGACUGCAGGUGUCAUGGCUUGCAUCAUGCUUAUUCCAGCAUUUAGUCUGUUUUUUGUUCUUUUGUUUCGUUUAUGUAUCUUGUUGGACUGAGGGCUUAUAUACCAGUAAUAGGAUUUUUUUUUUUUCUUCACUGGUUGUCUGAAGUGUGUUGUGUGAGUUGAAUGUAUAUGUAAAUAUAUGGAUGAGUGAAUGUGUAUGUGUGUGUGUGUAUGCGCAUAUGUACUGUAUGCAUAUAUGUGUAUGUUUUCCACUUGUACACUAACUCUGGAAACCUCAUGCCUCCAUACACUGUUUCUCUGAGAUGAGACCCAGAUCGAUUGAUGUUUAAACAUGUACAGUCUAUUCGUGUUGUUAUAACAUUGUAUUGUUGUUCAUCUUGCUUUUAUUAUUUUAUCUUCAUAAUAUAAUGGGAUGCAUAUUUCUUAUCCUCCAAAUACCUUCUGUUUCACAUGAAUUGAGAAAUAGCAUGGAUGAAGGACUUACAUACUUUAACUGCGAUAUCCCAAGUAAAGUCAUCUGUUAUUAUGUCAGACAGUAUCUAAUUAUUGUCCAGCAAUGACACUCAUUUCUAAAGACACUAGUACAAAAUUUAGAUCAGAAAGCUUUUAGCCAGCAGAUGGCGCUUUUUUUCUUUUUUUGCAGUAGAACUACAUAUUUUUGCAUAGAGUCUGAUGGUAGUGCCUCUGAGGGUCAAAUUCACUACGCAAAUCAGCACAUUUUAGGUUUUUCAUAGGAGGCUGCUGUCAGUGUGACUGCUUUAUAGUGCACAGAAUAUCAUAGGAGGCUGCUGUCUUGAUGUGUUUUGUUUGUGUAACUAUUAUUAUCAUCAUUUUAAAACUAAACCACUCUUAAAUGUGACCAUUUGGUUGCAGGAGGACUCUUAUCAAGUGCUGUAUAACUGCAUUUGUGUGAUGCUUUGGAGAACAAGCAAAUGUAGCAUUUUUUUUUUUUUGUUUGUUUGUUUUAAUCUAAAGUGGGAUGAGACCUCUCAAACCUCUGCAUAUUGUAAAACAAAAUCCAGCCAUGUUGUAACAUUAUCUUGUUGUGCUGCCCCAUUAAAUGUAAGUGUAU